GGCGUUUGUACUUACAUAAAGGACAAGUCAGAAAUCAUCAUUCAUGUGGUGCACAAGGUGGUUCCUACCGCUGUUACUUUUGCCUCUCCCAACUGCUCAGCCAUACUUUUUGGUGCUCUUCCUGUUUUCAUUAGCUUUGCACGCGAAACCAUGCUUCUACUGCAUUGUACUUCUCGGAGCUCUCUUUCUGUCAUCAUGUUAUUGGCAGUCAUUCCCAUUGGAGACGCGUCUCUCGAUUCCAUGGUCCUCCACUAUCACCACCUUUUAUGACGCAUUAAAUGUAACCUUGCCACCCAAUUUCGACCUGCGCGAACACACUCCACCCAUAAUUCGCGUCAAUGACAGAUGCUGGUGCGAUUUUACUUCGGGGGUUUUCGAAUCAUAUGAUAUGCAGAAAUGGGAGAGGGAAAGUGUGGAGAGACUGGCUGCAGAUAUGGUGCAGCAGAUGAAGGAUCGUGCAGAGAAGCUCACCGCAGAGGAGGAGCUACCAAACGCCGAGGAAGAAACAUCAUCACCUGAGGAGACGCAUUUAUCGGCAAUUCAUCAUACCGUACACGUCAUAUCUACCCAGAAGUCCACAUUAUCAGCGCUCCGUUCGAUGUUCGGCCAAACAGAGGCCCAAGCCUCACCAUCCAUCGCAGAUAUGGAACCAUCCACGACAACGAUACCGACACCGACAACAACGUCAGUUUCCAGCUCCAAGCCAUCCCUGAUGUCGUCGCCGCUACCCCCUCGUCGACCACUUGAAUAUGACCUCAAUCCGUACGGUUUUGAUCUCAUUCUUGACUUUCAUUGGUCUUGAGGUCGACAGGAAAAUUAGUGUAGGACGCAUACUGCUUGUAUCAAUAUUUUAAUUAUAGAUUACAAGCACUACUUUUGUAACCUGUAUACUUUUAAGUUCA